AUGGAGGACCAGCCUGACAGCAACAACACAGAUGAAGACAACAGGAUCGAGCCGAGAAACGGAGAGAGCUGGAGCAAUGGCUCAGUUGAAGAAAAUGGAAAGAAGUCUAUUUCUGGAUCCGUAAGGCCGUAUAACCGUUCGAAAACACCGAGACUCCGGUGGACGCCCGAUCUCCAUCUUCGUUUUGUUCAUGCAGUUGAAAGGCUAGGAGGACAAGAGAGAGCAACACCCAAGUUGGUACUUCAAUUGAUGAACAUCAAAGGCCUUAGCAUAGCUCAUGUGAAGAGUCAUCUACAGAUGUAUAGAAGCAAAAAGAUUGAUGACCCAAAUCAAGCUAUGUCAGAUGGAGGGCUUUGCUUUGAAGGUGGAGAUCAUCACCAUACAUACGAAUUCAGCCAUCUUCCCAUGCGCCACGGUUUCAAUUAUUGGAAUCCUUCAAGUUCCCGGGAUGGGCAAAAUGUGUACAGUUCAGUUGCAGAGAAGCUAUUUCAAAGCUGCAACAACAAUUCACUUAGCAUUAGUUCAACGCAAGCAAUGGGGCCAAGCAGAACAAUGUGCUCCAAUUAUUUCACGCAUCGAGGCACGGUACUAAAGAGGAAGACGAUGGAGUGCAACAACAUUAACCAAGACAUAGAUUUGAACCUGUCCUUGAAACUAACAACGACAUCAAACAAUGAUGGAGUUGAAAAGGGUUGGAUGAUAGCACUUUGUCUCUUUCGUUGGCUUCGUCUUCUUCAUGGCUCAGUGGUGGUGAUGGUAAGAGGCAGGCGAGGACGACAAUGGAAAGUACUCUAGAUCUCACUUUAUGAAUGAGACAAUUCUGAGUGAGAUCUUGAAGUACUUGUGUCUGAAUGCACUGGAAUAAAAUCGGUGAAUUGAUCAUCAUAGAUAUAUUGUCGAAAUACCAGAACGUUCACAAAGGCCAAUUAUCAAUCAAAUCAACCCCCGCUUUGUUUCAAUUUUCUUCUUUUUGUUGUUCCCAUUGUUCGUUUGUGCAUGGAUUCCGAGAAAAAAAAUAAUAAAUUUGAGCAUUGCUAGAU